CUUAUCUCCCAAUUUUUUUGUUAUUUAUUCUUCUCCAUCUUUGUUUUACUCCAUUGCGGUAAUAAGAUAAUGACAGAACCACGUUCGGGAGAGAUGAACGAGCAAAGAGAGUCUAGUCCAGAUAAUAAUGGCACGGACUCUUCCUCAACCACUGCCGGAAAGAAAAAGAGAACCGGACCAAAAAGAAGAAAAGUAACGCACGCAUGUGUUUAUUGUAGAAGAUCUCAUAUGACUUGUGAUGAUGGCAGACCUUGUCAGAGAUGUAUUAAGCGUAGCAUAGGACAUUUAUGUCAUGAUGAGAUUAAAAAUCCUUCAAGCAGUUCGACAAAUAACAAGGGAUCUGCUACCCCAGUGGCCAAGAAAGCAACAACGUCAAAUUCAUUUAUCGAUGCCAGCACUUCUGGUGUGAUCCCUGUUGUACCACAGCACCUUGUUGCUACACCAAGUAAUCUAGGUGGUUUACCCUUACAGUUCUUUGGUCAGAUGGGAUCAGGCCAAUUGACAUUUGCAAGUGAACAGAUGGGAAAUGAAAUAUCCGUGAUCAGUAAUUUUUUAGACUCUUUGGGCUCAGAAUCACAGAUAUUUAAACCAGCAGUAGAAGAUACACAACAAGUCAAUUCAACCGAGAAGUUCUUUUUGACCGCAGCUGAUCCAUCUGAUGGAAGAUUAGAGGAUCGCUUGACCGAAGUCAUCAAUGCAAAAUAUGAAGCUGGAUUUUUAAAACCGUAUAAUUAUGUCAAUGGAUAUGCCAGAUUACAGAAAUAUAUGGACAACAAUAUGUCUGCUUCAACGAGACAGCGUAUUUUAAACGUGAUGGGAACCUUUCGUCCUGCAUUUAGAUCAGUAGCUCAAUCAUUAACGGAUAUCGACUUAAUUUUAGUAGAAGAGGCUUUUGAACGACUGUUAUUAGAUUAUGACCGUGUUUUUAGUUCAAUGGGGAUCCCUGCUUGUCUAUGGCGACGUACUGGAGAGAUUUAUAAAGGAAACAAAGAGUUUGCAUCAUUGGUAAAUGUUCCAAUUGAAGACCUUAGAGAAGGGCGUUUAUGUAUAUAUGAAUUAAUGGCAGAGGAAUCGGCUGUCAAUUAUUGGGAGAAAUAUGGAAAUAUAGCAUUUGAUCCUGGACAAAAGGCUGUGUUAACGUCCUGUCUUUUAAAGAGCAGUACGACAAGUGUUAAAUCAUGCUGUUUUUCUUUUACGAUAAGAAGAGACAAGUAUAAUAUUCCUACUGUGAUUGUAGGCAAUUUUUUACCUGUACAACUUCAGUAAUUUGUGUUCAUGAUCUUCUUUGCUUUCCUUUAUAUUUAUUACAAUUAUCACAAUACCAUUUUCCUUUUGGCACAGUCUUUAAAUCUACACAGGCAAGA